AUGGCCGACAGCAUGUGUGGUCCGUCUAACGGCGCCAAGAACCUUUUGUCGCAUGUCGACCGCGAUCGCACCCAUCACCAGGAUCGCUUCGUCAACGCGCCGCAGGCCGGCCCGGGCAAUGCUUUCCGUUCGCAGGCUCCCUUUGCCAAUGGCGCCGAGACGGCCUUUGGAGGCUUUCAGCAGGGCGGCGCGCCCAUGGAUUCGGCUUUUGGUCCCGGUCUCGACAUGAACACUAUCGCUGGCGCUAGGGCCUACGGCCAUCCGGCUCCGGCUGCUCCGACCGCUAUGACCAACAUUGGGCCGGGCGUCCCGGCUGCCCGUCUUGCUUCUCCGGCCACUGGCGGUACUUCCCACCAGGAGUGGGUUAACCAGUUCUCGGGCAUGCAGAUUGGCGGCGCCAGGGCUGGACCCAGCACUGCGAUCGCUCCCCAAAUGCAGUCGACUCCCAUGGCUGCGAUGAAUCCGGCCAUGAAUAUGCAGCAGGCUGCUUUCGGCAUGCCCAUGUACAACGGACUGUCUGCCGGUGUCUAUGGCCUCCAAGGCAUGAACCCGAUCGCCCAGCAGCAGCCUCAAAUUGCUGUGGCCCAAGACUCCGACCUCGACGUCGAGGCUUUCAAUCGCGCGUUCGGAGAAUACGAUGACGUCAACUUCAAGACCGAGCUCGCCGACUGGACCGAGAAGCAACAGGUUGCCAACACCGAGUUCGCCGAGGCGCAGGACAAGUGGAUGGCCCAGCACGGCCCGCGAGUCGACCCCACCACCGGGGUCACGGUGCCGUCACCCGAUGAGAUGGAGGCCAUCGACGCCAACUUGGAGAAGCUCGCGCAGGAACAGGACAAGCGCCGGUCCGACGACGACCUGGUGCAUGCCGCCAUCGACAUUGUCAACUCGGUUUCCGACAACACCUCGGAGAAGUUCAAGAACUCGCGCUUCUUCGAGCUGAUGCGCCGCAUCGGCAACCGCGAGGUCGUCGUCGAGGGCGACGGCUUCGUCAACGCCGCCACCGGCGAGGCCGUCAACACCUCGCACGACGAUGAGCAGCACGACUCCGGUCUCGGCUCCGAUGCGGCCACCCCCCAGAAGGCCCCGGAGGUCCAGCCCGCCUAA